CGAGAGAACAGUCAUUGCAUGAAAAUAGACUUUCGCGGUUUUUGUUGCUAAAUUUAAUUUCUACACAAAAAUGCCACGAAGGAAACAAGAAAACGAUGGAGAUUCUAAAACACAAUCAAAGAAACGUAGAAAGAAGAAAACAGAAGCUGAAUCAGACGAGAGUGACUUGGAUGGAGAGGAAAAUUUCAAGGGAAACGGGAAAGCUGCUGUGAACAAUGACGAUGAUGUUCAGGAUGAACCAGCGAUUGAUAUUACAUUAGAUCCACCACUUACAACUGGUGAAUUGUUAAUUUGUGGUGGAACAAACUGGGAUUUAUUGGGAAGAUCUAAAGUCCCUGCAGGAAUGAAAAAUAAAGGAGGACCAAAUUUGCUGGGACCUCACAGAGUAAAAGAUCUGAUGGGUAUUAAGAUAAGAACAGUUGCUGCAGGACCUACUUCUUGUCAUUGUGCUAUUAUUACUGAUGAAGGCAAAGUUUUAACUUGGGGGAGAAAUGAAAAAGGUCAGUUAGGACAUGGAGAUACCAAUAGAAGAGAUACACCUACCAAAGUUGACGCUUUAGAGCAGUUUAAUAUUGUUGAUGUAGCUUGUGGGAGAAAUCAUACAUUAUUUCUAACAGAGAAAGGACAAGUCUAUAGUGUUGGUGAAAAUAAAUAUGGUCAGUUAGGUUACGGUCACCAGAAUGCAACAUCCAAUCUACCAUUACGGGUACAUUAUAAAGGCCCACCAAUACGCAAGCUUGCAUGUGGUGGUGAUUUUAGUGUAUUAUCAGAUAUUAGAGGCAGUGUGUAUACUUUUGGGUGCCCAGAGUAUGGGCAGUUAGGUCAUAAUACAGAUGGUAAAUAUUUUGUCACCAGUAAUAAGUUGUCAUUUCGUUGCGAAUUGAUACCAAGGAAGGUAUUGGUAUAUAUUGAGAAGAAUAGAGAUGGUCAUGUACUACCUAUAACAGAUGUAGUAGUUAGAGACAUAGCUUGUGGUACCAAUCAUACAAUUGUUCGAGACUCCAAAAAUAGGGUAUUUUCUUGGGGCUUUGGUGGUUAUGGUAGACUUGGACAUGCUGGCCCUAAAGAUGAAAUGGUUCCUCGUCUUGUAAAGUUCUUUGAUGGACCUAAUCGUGGAGCAUUACAAGUAUUUGCUGGCUCACAAUUCACUUUAGCUACAGGGGAAACUGGUGCCCUAUAUCUGUGGGGUAAAACUAAAGUAUCUGGUGAAGCAGCUAUGUAUCCUAAAUUAGUUCAUGAUUUAACUGGUUGGAAAGUAAGAGCUGUUAGUUGUGGAAAUCGCAGUAUAAUGGCAUUAGCUGAUGAUAGUGUUAUUAGUUGGGGACCCAGUCCAACUUGUGGUGAAUUGGGUUAUGGUGAGAGUAAAGCAACCUCCUCAACUACACCUCUAGAAGCUAAACCAUUUGAUGGUGUCUAUAUCCAGAACCUAGCUCUUGGGUUCUGCUUUUCUCUGCUUAUAGCACGUGCUGAUUCAGAGGAAGAGAAGACUAAAUUAGAAAAAUUUCCAAUAUUUACACCUUAAUCAAAACAUUCAUCUCAAUUAAAAUCAUCAUGUCAAUUUGUAAACUGAAAUAUCAUUUUACUGUACAUUUUUCAUCUGUUAUUUAAGACUUGAAAAUCAUGUCUAAAUCAUAAUUAAAGCUUUGUGACUGUCCAGUUACCAACCGUUUUAGGCUUUUUUCAAAGCUUUUUGUCAAUGACAAAUCUAAUAUUUUAUGUUCAAAUUCAUAUUUCUAAUUUCUUGAUUUUUCAAUCUCAGAAAAAUCUGAAAUCAUUGAUUAACUGUCUACCAAAUGCUCUCAUUUCUUUUAGCAUUGAAUGAAGUCAUCUGAAAACAUCACUCUAAGGAACAUUUUCAUAUUUCUGUCUCAUACAAUUCAAACAAAGAUUAGUUAUUCAAAUAAUGACUACCUCAAAUCUAUUAGGUGAUAAUUUGUUUAUAAGUGGCUGUUUAUAUAUCUUUAAAGCUUUCCAAUUAUAAUUCAUUGCUUUCUUUUAUAACAAUUGUCAUGUUUAUUGUUUAAGUAAGUGUACUUAAGUUUUAAAUCAUAUAUUGUUUGGUAUAUCUUAUUGGAAACUAUAGUUCUCGUGUUGUAAGAAAAAACAUUCUGUUGGUUGGAGGGAAUAAUUGAAUUGAACAUUUUAGGAAUUAUGGCAUCAAAUACCUAAUGUGAAAAUGCAAUGAUUUUGUAAAAGAUACCACUGUUAAGGCGUAUGGGCGAAAGACAAUGUAACAAGCUAUGAUACCAAAUCUGUGUCAAUAGAUACAUGUCUUUAUAGAUACUGGUUAUUUGUAGUACUGCAAGUUUAGUGAUAUUCAUCAUUGGUAUUUUAAGUUGAGAGCAAUUGCAUAAUCAUUAUUAUUGAACCAUUCUCAUGUAAUUUGGUGCAAUUAAACUGUGUUUGAAUUCAACAUUCAAAAGUUGGGAGAAAUUGAAUGGAACUUUAAAGUUUUCCAGAAUUCAUUCCUAAAGAUAUGGAUUUGAGCCUAAUUUGGCAAUUGUUUAUAGGAGGUUUACAAUAGUUUAGUAGUGCCUUGUACUCAAUUUGUAUAUGUUGAUGUAGAUUUUAGAUGUAUUCAAAUUGUAUCAUUCAUUUUAACAUCAUAUCAUUGGGUUUGCUGUUAUCUCUGGCAGCUGUAUUUUUCUAUUAUUAUCUUAAGAAUUGUUUUAAUUCUAAAUCUGAUCAGGUACUAGGACCAACUGAUAUCUCAUACUUAAAAAUAAUGCAAAUCUCUAACAGUAUAUUUGUUAUUUGCUAGGGGAAAAAUUUAAAGCAAAAAAAAAAAUUGUAUGAGUUGGCUGAUGAACAAAUUAUAUUUGUAAGAUUAAAUGCUGUCAUAUUUAGCUAAUUUUUAAAUAUAGAAAUUCAUCAACUGGGUAUUGUGGGCUUGUGGUCUGUUUUAUUUCACAUAUAUUUAUUAGGACUUAAUUUUCUUUUAUCGCAUAAAGAUACAUUUUGUACCUAAAGAUGCUAAUCAAUUAAGACUGGUUUAAGGUUUGGUCAGAAGUGUGCACCAGAAAUUGGCCUAACCAUUGGCAAAACUAUUCAGAAACUCCAAAUGAGAACCAUUAUAAAUGAUUAUAAGUGAUUUUAUAAAAUGAUAUCUUAAAUCAGUAAAAUGUGUUAACCCAAUAUUCGACAAGUUUGAUUAUAUUCUCUAUAGUGGCAAGUCAAGCCUAUAGUUAUUUUCCCCUAAUUUUGAUGUUAGAUAGUUUUACUUUUCUCACAUUAACAUUGUAAAUGACAGUGCUUCAAUUAAUAAAAGUUGUGGAAAUUCAAACUCUUGUUUUUGAUUCAAUUAAGUGUUGAUAAAGAUAGGUAGAAUGAUCGACCAAAUUUCAUACUGUAAAAAAGGAGAUUAUAUAGUUAUACUAAAAUUUAAAGCUUC